ACAUGCGAGACUACUAACAUUCUAACUUUUUUUAUUGCACUUGUAUUGUUUUUCUACCUUUUUUAUCGAAUGAGAAUAUCACUAAUCCUGCACUGAAAAGUGGAAUAGGCUAACAGUGUGAUGCUGUGAGUCUGGAUGAUGGAUUGAUGGGCAUCUGAUCUCAGAGUGUCCUCCAGUGUGACCAGGCUCUCCACAGCAGUCACCAUAUCAACCAUGGAUCCUUCGUCCCAGGAUGUGGAGGACACUGAAGCCUCCACACCGCUGCACCAUCUACAGGAUGGGGAGUCCCCUGGCUGUCAGGGCGCUCCGGCUCCAUCCUGCUGGCUGCUCUACUCUAAGCCCAUCAUGGCCAUUGUUGUUGGCACACUGCUGUUUGGUGCGGGCACAGCCCUGUCCCUGCUCUACUUCACCCAGGUGGGCCAUGUCCCCUACCUGCUUGGGCCGCUGUUCCUCUCUGUGGGUCUGAUGUUCCUGGUCACCGGCCUGGUCUGGAUCCCCGUGCUAAAAGAAUCUGGAGCACAAGCCGCUCACCAAGGUCAGCCAUGGUGACGGCUCCAAGUUGAGCACAAAGACCCAGGAACUAUCUGCUUUGGAAGCACAAAGCAGUACGUACAAAAGUGUGGGGUCACACUGUGGGACAGUAUGGACUUGCAUUGUGGGAGUGUGGGUGCUCAACCCAAACCAGGGACUGCAAGUUUUUUGAGAAUUCUUAAUUUGCAUCUGUCUAGCCUGAUAAUUUGACGGAAUUACCAUUUUGUUUCACUUCAUCAUUCAGUCCGACACCGGGUUCAUGUCAAGCUGUUUUUUGUUUUGUUUGGUGGGAUAAUCAGUUGGUUUAUUUUCCUAAGAAAGAAUAGAAAAAAAAUUCUACUCAAUAACAUGUAAUGCUUCCGUUUAUCUGAGAAAUUCUUUUCAAUGAAAAUCAACUCUGCUCAUUGUCAGGAAUACACAUUCUGGUAAGAAAAUGUAUUCAUUAUUGAAUAUAUUAGUCUAAAAAUAGUGGAAUAAGCCUUUAAAGUAUCUGCUAAUGUAAAUUAUAAACUGCCGCCAGGAUGUUAAAAACCACUUAUUGCCAGGUGUCCGUGUCCUCAGUUGUAGUUUGCAGUCGACCUGGAAGCUGCGAUAGAGGUUGGUAGAUAUUGCAAGCCAGUUGGCUAAAACCAUGUAGCUUCUUGUGGCUGUUAGACAGAGAUCUUUACGUUUUUACAUUAGAAAUCAUUGCAUCUUAACAGGUUAAAAACUGACAUUAUCGUGAUUUUUCAGAAUUUGAAGCAACCAGUUUUUUUUGUGAUUUAUAGGGACCCAACUUUUUGUUUUUGUUGUUGUUAUAUCAUAGCCCUGUAUUACUGCCCUCCACUUCUUUAUCUAUUCAACUUAAACAAUUCCCUCCCACUACAAACUACUCCUGUCAUUUCUAUUAUUGAUUUGACAAUACAGUGUUAGUAAACAUGCUACAAAAUGUGACUACAUUAAGUGUUUAGGGUUAGUAGACCAGUAGGAAAUUAUGUUAUUCAUCAAUUAAGUGCAUAAUAUUGAAGUAUAUACCAAAGUUUAUUAGCUGUAGAGUGGUGAACGUGACGUGGGCCCAGCACAGAGAGACGUAGAUAUAAACGCCAUGACCUUCUGUGUUCAUUUUCUCAAUUUUAUAUGACAAACAUGUCACACAGGCCGUCCCAUACGGGUUAGGUUCUGCUACCCAUCUGUCUCAUCGUAUCCUUGUGGAUUGUUCUCUGUUAUUUAUUUAUUUGUCAUCUUCUCCAUAAUCCUUUCUGCUCAUUGUGGCUGCUGGUGGGCUACAGUAUGUAAAUCCUUUAGAACAGGAUUACUGAGGCGGAGAAACGCUACUCGACACAUCCAUCUCUGAUUGUUCUGAGAUCAACAUGGCCGCCUGUUGCAGACCUCCCAAACAUCCCCCUCCACACACACACACACACACACACACACACACACACACACACACACACACACACACACACACACACACACACACACACACACACACACACACACACACACACACACACACACACUUCAGCUUUAUUCUGUGGCUCCAGGCCAAAGGCCAGCGGAUGAACUGAUCUAACCUGCAGCACGUCCAUCUGUCUGUGUGCAGUAUGCAAAUACAACAGAAAUGAUGCCGCUCUCUUUGUCAAUACAUGACACUGAUGCAAGCAUGUAUAUAAGUCUGUAAAUGGAGCCUGUUUUUCUGGUUUUGGACAUUGAUUCAACAGCGCAGUGCAGGCUUUCACUCACUGCAGGCGCUCCAUACAACACCAUUAACCUGCAUUACUAACGCUCAUCAGACGAUUAUUACUCUAAAUACACAUAAAAAAAAAUUCCAUGAAAAAGAUGAGUUAUAUUCAAUUAUAUUCUAUUCAACUUAAUAAUAAUACAAAUAACAA